GCAUAAAAACUGAUAAUGCUUCUGCAUAUCACUCUCAAAAAUGUCAGACUUUUUUUGCCACACAUAAUAUACGGCAUGUUACAGGUAUCCCAAGAAACAGUACGGGACAAGCGGUUAUUGAACGACAAAACCGCACUUUGAAAGAAAUGCUUAUAAAACAAAAAGAGGGAGAUGAGGUACAAAGUCCUAGGAAAAGAAUACAUAUUGCUUUAUUUACUCUUAAUUUUUUGAAUCAUGGAGAAGAUGAUCUUAGUGCAGCUGACAGACAUUGGACAAAAAUAAGUACACAAGAACUUAGACAAUCUGUUUUUAUAUUAAAUGAAAAUACUAACACUUGGGAACCUGGCGAGGUUCUUCGUUGGGGUCGAGGAUAUGCUUUUGUUUCUGCAGGAGCUGAAGCCUAUUGGGUGCCGGCUAAGAAGGUAAAGCUUCGGGAUGGCAACUAAGCGUAGCCUUGAUGUGACGGGAAUGAUGAAGGGAUUUGCCAAGAUGGAUUUGAGCAAGAGAGCAUUCCGUGUGCCAUUGGAUCAAACAAAGAGGGCGUCUCCAUUGACUUGGGGGCAAGUGAAAAAGUUUGCAGGCACUGCUGAAAAUCUUGUCAUUUCACAGGGUAAACCUCUCACUAGCACCAAUCUUUUUGUAGCUAUGUUGGCAAUGUUGUCUGCACAGUCCGACGACGAGUGAAAGCUACCCGCCAUGCAACAUCGCAACAAGCUGCUGUGUUCUCCUUGAUGCUGCACAAGCUGCAAAAUAAUUCCAUGUAGUUUAGUACCGAGAGUAAUGCUGCCGUGUUCUCCUUGAUGCUGCAAAAAUUGUAAAACAAAAAAGGGGGAAAUGUAGUGGGAUAACUGAGGACAUGGAAAGGAGAUGUGAUCCAUGAGCCCUCCCCCCCAGCAAACUGGGGGCUGGCGAAUAAGCCAGAACUGCAAACAGUCCUGAUUGCUUUGAGGCCCCCUGGCAAACCGGGGGCAUGCGAAUAAGCCAGAGUUGUGAACAGUUUUGAAUGCUUUGAGCGCCACCCCCGGCAAACCGGGGGCCUGCAAAGAAGCAUUGAGUGCUUUGGGCACUGAUCCAUGAGAUGUCCUCAGUAUAAUCAGAGUGGUGGGAAUGCAAGGAAAUGUCCUUGUGCUACUUCAGUAUAAUCAAAAUAAUGGUGGGAACUUUGUGCUGCUUUUGCGCUCAAGGACAAAGCACGGCAGGUGCUCACGAAA